AUGUCUUUUGUUGUGCAAAAUUGUCCAAUCUUUAAAGUUUUGCAUGACUUUGAUACAUCGAAGAGUGAAGAUGCACUUGAGAUAACAACAGCAUUAGGUAAAUUCAGAAGAAUCGUGAGUUAUCAAUGGAUUAGAAAUAUUAUCCAAAAUGAUCCAAAUGACUCUCUUCAAUCAGUCUUAACAACAAUCUUAAAUUUUACAGAACAUGAUAAUGCAAAUGUCAGAGUUACAAGUUAUUCAGUUCUUGGUGCACUUUUGAUCACAACUACAAUAUUUUAUCCGAAAGAGAUGAUAACUUCAUUCGGAAAUGCAAUAUCCAAUCGCAAGAUAUUACCAAAAUCAUCAAUAGCCAUCAUUAGCACUUUUGUUUUCUUAUCAAAAUUCGUAUCUCCAGUUCAUAUGCAAGAUUUCAUUAUAAAAGUACCAGCGAUGGAUCAUUUCAAGUCAGAUCCAUCUGAAUAUAUCCAAUAUUUGCCAAAUAUUAUUCCUUUAAUGACUUCAUUGCCAAUAUCUUAUCCACAAGCAUUACUUAGAUCAAUAUACUUCGGCUGUAGUGGCAACAUUACAUCUUCUUACACCAAUUCCGUGUAUCAACUCGUACUUUUAAACAAACAAAAAAUGGUUCAAACGCUAAAGAGUCUUUUUGCAGAGAACAUGAUAAUACAAGCAGUAUCAGCUCUUGGCCCUGUAUUACUCGGAGACUACGAAAUAUUCGAAUUAUUUGGAGUUGACGGUCAAAGAAUUUUUGCUGACCAAGCAUUCGCUGAUUUUACAAAAGAUCCCCCAAAAUUCCUUGAAUUUGAAUACGCGUGUUCAGUCUACAGCAUUUUACUCAAAAAAUACAAGAAUACAGAUUAUUACAAUUUAAUAUGCGACAGAAUCAAAGAAGUAAGUUCUAGAACUCUUCCGUUACACUUCAACAGACUCUUACUACAGUUAUCUCUAUCUCUUGAUGACAUUUUCAAAGACAAAACAGAAAGUGAUUCAUUAAAAUCGGCACAACUUCUUGCUUUAGGUAAAUUCAUCAGCGCAAACCAAGAUACAGUUGAUUACGAUAAAGCCACUGACCUCUUCAUCCAGUUUGAGAACUCAGAAAAUGAUGUUUACUGUUCAUAUGUCGAAGGAUUCGCGAGUUGUGUCAAUUCAUUCCUUAGAUAUUACAAAGGUGACAAACACAUACGAGUUCUAUUGAACAUUCUGAAGAAAAACAACAAGAACUGGGUACAGGACAUGGAGGUCUCAAACUUGAUAUCGGUAAUCGACCACAGAAUUGCUGAAUCGAUGAUUCCUGCUUUACUCGGAAUAGAAGUUGAUCGAUUACUUUCUUUUUCUUUGUCUCCAAACACGAAAUUAUCAGAAGCUGCCAUGAACUCAUUGAAUACGAUCACUUCUUAUAAGACAAUUGGGUCAUUGCUGUACAAAAUAUCACUUUCUAACUGGUCAGAUGACUUCGUUGUCGCUAGAAGAUUCCAAUUAUUAUCAAUUCUCGCUUCAUCAUUCGAUGUUGAAGAAUUUAAGACAUUUAUUCCAAUAGCUUAUGAAUGUAUCUUGUAUUGCGAGUCAAUGGCUUCUAUUUCCAUGACUUUCCACUUUUUGAAGUAUAUUAAGAUAGACUACAUCACUCCUGAGAUAAGGGAAUACUGUUUUGAAUUCCUGAUAAACUCUUACGGCAACUUUACUCAGAUUCCUCUCUACAUUAGAAAUACAAACAGAAAUAUCACGUGUCCGCCAUCGACAUUGUUGGAGUCUUAUGAUACAGAUAUUGUCAACCAUCCAGAGAUACACCAUAAAAUUGUUCUUGGACCAACAAAAAGCUGUUUUGAAUUUAUUUGUAAAAUUCCUCCAGAAAUUUUAGAAGAUACAUACACAUUGUUCUGGAUAUGCAUGGCAAUGAUCCCUAUUUUCGAUAAUGACGCUCUAGAAAAGGCAAUUUCAACAAAUGUGACUUUAAUUACAACAGAUACUGAACUUUGGUCAUCGGUCAUCAACACGUUCUUAUAUACAUCAGAUAACAAAGUCGCAGCAACCUGUUGCAAACUUUUCGCUGAAACAAAAUGCAAAAUUCCAAAUGAAGUACAAAUUGUCAUCGAAAAGUACUUAAUUGAGCAGAGAUGUACUGAUCCUGACUUGUUGUUCUAUUGUUUCGUGUUAAUUGACAGAAAUGACCAUGAAAAAGCGUUAUCUACAUUACCGACACUCCAAAUCAUCAUAGAUCCAAUAACAGGACCACCUCUGAUGUUCAGAUUAUGUGCAGUACUUGGAAAAUCAGUCGUAAAGUUUGUAAUCGAUGAGUUUUCAUUGUCAUUGCUGAUGUUGGCGAAUAAUGGAGUUUCUGAUGCUAAAAACAGAGUGAUUAAGUAUAUACAAGACACAGAGUUUUCGAAAUGGAGCUGUACAGAUGAAAAAAUGAACUUUGAAUUGAUAGAUUUUAUGAAAUCAAACAAAAUACAGAAAGAAGUCAAGAAAAUACAAGAUCUAGACAGAGAUCACUUGGAAUUCGCAAUGCUGCAUAAGGAUAUCAUCAUUUUCGAUGGACUAGAGAAGUUAAUUGAAGAAAAUCCUCUAAUUUUCUAUAAAAUCAAAAACACACCAUAUAAAACAGAAAAAGUGACGUUUUCUUUAGAAAAAAUUGACAAAAUUGACAAAAUUUCUAUUUCUAAAGAGAUGAAAGAAAACAAAUUAAUAAAGAACAUACCACUGAUCUGUUCAUUUUUGGAGAAUACCCAAUUUGUUUUGUCAAAUGAUUUCAUGAAAGAAAUUUUGAAUUUCAUUUUGUCAGAAAAUGACACGAAAUCAUUGAAAAUUUGCUUGAAAUACUGUCUCAAGAACAGCAUUUCUAUUGACAGAGAUCUUAUACUACAAAAUGAUAUGUUUAUGGAAAUAACCGUUUUGCCAAUGACGAUAAAACUAUUGAAUUUGAAAAUUUCUGAAUUUCCAGAAAAAAUCAAAACCAAAAUUUUGGAAAUUUCAAAAAGUGACAGUCCAUAUGAUUUAUUACGAAUAUCAGAUUAUGACUUAAUAGAAGCAUUAGCUAUAGUUGAUCCAGAUUAUUUCAACACAGUCUUACAAGAUGUUGAAGAAUUUAAAACUAAGUCAUUUAAGGUUUUCUCUCAAUUGUUAUCGUCUUCUUUUGUCACUUUUAGUGGAAUUAUCAUUAAUGAUUUUAUUUCACAGAACUUGGCAUUGUUUAUUAGUUUGCCUACAUCGAAACACUGUUGUGUUUUAUUGAGAUUUAUUUUAGCAGCGAUUGUUAAUUUGAGGCAAAGAAAAAUGACAAUGGAAUACAAUUCUAUUGUUGCUCUAGUUAUUGGACAACUUGAAGACAUAAUUAAUAUUGAUUCUGCAUCAGUGUACUACGAAUUUAGACAUCUACUUUAUUUGUUAGUCCAAAUUUCAAACGAACAAAAAAUUAUUUUUGAGUUUUUGAAUAAUUUCUUCCUCAAAAUUAAGUGUCACUUUUUAUAUUUUAAUUCUGCCUCUUAUUUUGUUACAAACAACAAGAUUGCCAUUCCUUCAAUGAAUGUCACUGAUUUUAUACAGAAUUUGAAGUCAGGAAUUCCUUCUUUUGUGUCUUCUUCUUUAGUUGGAGCCACUCAAUUUAUACAAAUUGAUUCUUCUAUAAAUGUUGUGACAUUUAUUGUGAAUUUUGUUGAUAAUUUGAUUCCUUUGAUAUACGAGGUUGCAAGGAACAACAAAACUGUUGAAUGCUUGAUACCUUUUAUCUUGAAAUUGUUGAUGAACAAAGAAAAAUUUGGAAAUUUCCAUCCUUUGUUGAUGGAAUUCACUUCUGUUUUCAUGAUAUUCCCGAAAUCACCUGUUUUCGAUUCGAGUAUAUCUUUGCUACACCAUUUGGUUGAUAUAUAUCCGAGUUUGGUUGAAGAGAUAUUUAAUUUGUCUUUCUUUUCUCAAAGUUUGGUUUUGGAAAUUCAGGAUAUCUUCGAAAAAAGAGAAAAAUUGGUUUACCAAAAGACUUUUGACUUGUUUACAAGAUGUCCAAGUAUAGAAUUAGGUUUAUUAUUACAUGAAUUCGCGAGAUCCCUCAAAGAUGAAGCUGAAUUUGAAAAAAGAUUAUUGAUUUUGAAGGACAAAGAAAAUUUGCAGAUUUACGUUACUCACGCGAAGUUUUGUAUAGAGAAAUAUGGUAUAGAGAAAGCAAAAGAGAUAAUGAAACAAAAUUAUCCAAAUAUUAACAUUUUAUAA